UAUGAUUAUAUUUGUUUGGUCCCUUUUAAUCAAAUUUGCUGGUUCUGCCUACGAAUGAUGCAUGUUUUUUAGAACGAAACGUGUCAGACAGUGAGAUGGAAUCCGAGCCCGACGGAUCGGCCAGUCCACACCGUCUCCGAGAAUCCGCGAGGAGUCGGCACCGAACACUAGCGAACACGACGCGAAGCGGAGAGCGCGCACGUCGACGCACGCAGACACACACCACCGCCAACUCCUCGUCCUCCACGCAUAAAUCCGGCGGGUCCCUCCGCUCCAUCAUUCACACGUCUAACCAAAUCACACACCGACACGUAGACCUACGACAGGGAUCGCGUCGCCGUCGCCGUCGCGCGAGCUGAUCCAGACGGACGACGAGGAAGGGACACCCGCGCGAGGCAUACGGGGAGGGACCCGACCGAACCCGACCGAUGAGGCCGCAGCAGCGUCGCCAGCAGCAGCAUCAGGUGCAGGAAGGCGCCCGCGCCCGCCUCCUCGCGGCGACCCCGUCGCGGCACGACGCGCCGGACGACGACGCGGCGCGGACGGCGGCGGUCACCAAGGGGUGCGCGACGUUCUUGGUCGGGGAGGAAGGGGAGGCCCCGCGGCGGGUGGCGGUGCCCGUGGCGCGCCUGGGACACCCGCGGAUGCUGGAGCUGCUCGGGGAGGCCAGGGAGGAGUACGGCUUCGCGCACCAGGGCGCCGUCGUCGUCCCGUGCGCCGUCGAGCGGUUCAUGCGGGCGGUGGAGGAGGCGUCGGCGGGGAACAGGCACGAGCACCGCCACGGACACCACCACCACCACCACCACCACUUUCGCCUGCCUCACGUUCGCAUCGCCCGCUGCUUUAGGCCGUCGCGCGUCCUUGUUUAGGAUUCACUGACUCUUGGUUUCGUGAUCCAUAUGUGGUGAAGUCGGUUCGCCCAAAGAUCACGAGUUGAGCACCAGCCGUGCUAGAAGGAAUGUUGCACGCCCGGUCAGAUCAGUUUUUAAAACACCAUCGAUCCAUAUUCAUCCGUCCUGAAAUAGUAUAGGGUAUUUAAGAAAUUUUAAUACUUUUUUUUUUGAAAAAAACUGAGGUGUCGUGGUGCUUGGAUUUAUAAUUUGUGUAGACCAAGCUUGUUGCUUUAAAUUUUUAGAGCAUAAUAUAACUC